AUGUGCUUCACGUUGCAGCCUCCAUCGGCUCUAUUGACACCAAAAUAUGUAGGCUAUGUAGAGACCAAAACAUAUUCCAUUUUGGACAUAUCACAGCUGGUAAAUUACAUAAUCAAUGAAACAAAACUAGAAGUCGCUACCAAGAACAAGAAGGGUUUUGCACCGAUUGAUCUUCUCAACAAAGAUGAUGAAGAUUUCCAUCUGCUAUCUACCGCUCUGAUGUAUGUUUCAGAAACAAUUGAACACCCUCCAAGUCCUAGAGAGUUGGAAAAUUUCGAUGAGUUCAAGCAUCUCCAUAGGCAAAUGAAAAGAUUUGGUAGAGAGAGUCGAAACAUCGAAAUGGAGAUGCACACGGAGUCUUUGCAAAGCGCUAGGAACACAAUCACCAUUGUCGCGAUCUUUAUUGCAUCAGUUACUUUCACAUGUGGUAUAAACCCACCUGGUGGGGUCUAUCAAGAGGGGCCUUACAUAGGGAAAUCAACCGCAGGAAGAACCGCAGCUUUCCAGAUCUUCUCAAUAAGCAAUAGCAUUGCCUUGUUCACAUCAGUGUGUAUGGUCAUUCUUCUCGUAAGCAUUAUACCUUACAGGGAAAAUUCACUGAAGAAGUUCUUGGUUAUAACACAUAGGAUGAUGUGGGUGGCUGUUGCAGCCAUGGCAAGUGCUUAUGUCGCUGCGGCAUGGGUCACAUUACCACAUUUUGGAGAAACCAAAUGGUUACUCUAUGCUACUCUUGCUAUAGCUAGCUUGACACUAGGAGGUAUGUUUGUUUAUCUAUUGAUUAAGCUGAAAAAGUUCAUGUUAAGGAAGAUGAGGUUUAGAGAGCGCAUGUCUUCCUCGCCAGAACCCAUGAAUGGGUCCGUAGACAUGGCAGCCAAUAUCAUCAAAGGUUAUUACAAUAUUUAA